AGCGAGCGAGAAGACCAGGCUGAUUUGAGCUUCCUGUUUCUUCAGCCGAAGCGAUCUUCCCCAUCCAGGUAAGACCAACCUGUGCUCAGGGGAUUUAUCAAAGAAGCAUCAAAGAAACGCUCCAGAUCCAUCAGAUUAAUUCACAUUUUUCUCUAGAGCUCCUCCACAAUGAAGUCAUUGGCUCUUCUGUUGCUGGCCUGGGCUGCCUUUGCAAAAGCACAACCUGCAGCCGGCGGCAGUUGCGUCACCACAGCCAAGGAAGACCUGCUGGACCUGCUGAUGAAAUGGGAAACGGGGUCUUCCUGCCAUCCCUCCCAGCCAGGCCAUCCCCAGAAGCUGUACGGGAGUUGCAAGGAAAUCAAGGCUGCCCUGCCAGAGUCUUCAGAUGGACUGUAUAUCCUGAGGAGUGAAGAUGGUGAGAUCUACCAGACCUUCUGCGACAUGUCCACCAACAGAGGCGGCUGGACGCUGGUGGCCAGUGUCCAUGAGAACAACAUCUUUGGGAAAUGCACCGUUGGCGAUCGCUGGUCCAGCCAGCAAGGCAACAAUCCCAACUACCCCUACGGAGAUGGAAACUGGGCCAACAACAACACCUUUGGAUCCGCCAUAGCAGCCACGAGCGAUGACUACAAGAACCCAGGCUACUACGCUCUUAGAGCCCAAGAUAUCGCCAUAUGGCAUGUUCCCAACAACACCCCGAUGAAGAAAUGGCAGGAUGUUUCCUUCUUGAGAUACCACACCGAGACACGCUUCUUGUCUGACCUAGGGGGUAACCUUCUCCGGCUCUAUGAGAAAUAUCCGGUGAAAUAUGGCGCUGGUAGCUGUCCAAAUGAUAACGGCCCGGCUAUCCCUAUUGUUUAUGAUGUUGGUGAUGCCCAGAAGACUUCAGAAUUGUACUCUCCCAAUGGACGGGCUGAAUUUGUCUCUGGCUUCGUUCAAUUCCGGGCGUUUAAUAAUGAAAAGGCAGCAUUGGCUCUCUGCUCUGGCAUUAAACUCACCAGGUGCAACUCAGAACAUCACUGCAUUGGAGGAGGGGGCUUUUUCGCGGAAGGAAACCCCCGUCAAUGUGGUGAUUUUGCCGCCUUUGACUGGGACGGCUACGGGACUCACCGUGGAUGGAGCACUUCACAAACCAUUGUGGAUGCGGCCGUGCUGAUCUUCUACCGCUGAGUCAGCAGCCGAAUCAGAAUCCGGAGAUGGAGGCGCCUGUCCCGGAGCAGAAAAAAUAACGAUUAAAACACACAAUCUGACAACGCUUUGCAACAAAAAUAAAAGCAGAACAUUAAAAUUUG